GAGCUUUUAUCUCUAUACUUCUUAAGCUUUUAUCUCUAACAUUUUAUUGAAGCCCAUAGAAUGUCAUUUUGCACACACUGUGGAUUGCUCUUGUUCUGAAAUUUAGUGAUGUUUACACACACACAAAAAUUGCUUAUGCAAAUUUGUUGGUGGUAACAAUGAAUAUGUUCUUAAAAGCAAGGAAGUUUGAUAUUGAAAAAGCAAAGCACAUGUGGGCUGAAAUGCUCCAAUGGAGAAAAGAUUUUUGUGUUGACACUAUUACGGAGGAUUUUGAAUUUAAAGAGUUGAAUGAAGUUUUUAAGUAUUACCCACAUGGUAAUCACAGUGUAGAUAGGAAGGGAAGACCUGUCUAUAUUGAAAGAUUGGGAAAAGUUGAUCCAAACAAACUUAAGCAAGUUACCACAAUGGAUUGGUAUAUAAAAUACCAUGUUAGGAAAUUUGGGAAAAGGUUUGCAAUUAAGUUUCUUGCUUGUACUGUUGCUGCAAAAAGGCAUAUAGAUUCAAGUACAACAAUCUUAGAUGUUCAAGGGAUGGUAUGUGGCCUCCUGUGUUUUCCUAAUUUUGACAUGCUAAUAAUGGUGUCUAAAAGAACUCUUUCAUGAUUUUUAGUUGUAAUAACUUUCACAUAUGGCUUCAAUUUUAAGACGCAAAUGCAAUGGCUUCAAUUUUGAGUGCUUAAUGUU